AUGAAGCAACAUCGCGAGACGUACGACAGGAGAGAACAUGAUGUUGACGAUCACAAUGAGGCCAGUCGGCCAGUUGUGUACGACGACCUCGACCCGUUCGGGCACGAAGAAAAUCACCAGUUACAGAUCAAAUAUAAAACAAUGUCAUGGAAGCUUGUCGCAGUGCUCAUGAUAGCGGAGAUCGUGAGCAAUGGCAUGCUGUCCCUACCCUCGUCCUUGGCGGUCGUUGGAAUUGUCCCCGGCGUGAUACUCAUCGUCUUUCUUGGCAUUUUCGCGACAUACACCUCUUGGCUCCUGGUACAAUUCAAGUUGAGGCACCCGGAAGUCCACUCGAUGGGAGAUGCCGGGCAGAUCCUCUUCGGUCGGCCCGGACGAGAACUUCUCGCUUUCGGGACCGUGGUCUUCGCCGUCUUUGCGACAGGCGGCCAACUACUAGCGGGACAAAUAGCGUUGGCGACGCUCAGCGACAACAAACUAUGUCUGAUGCUAUACACUGGCAUCUUCGCAAUCCCGACAUUACUUUUCAGUUUCCCGCGGACUAUGGACCAGCUCUCAUGGCUUUGCAUCCCAUCGGUUCUGUCGAUCCUCAUCGCGGGCAUCGUAGGCAUGCUCGGCGCAGGUUUGCACCCGGCCGCGGACCGGCAAGUCAGUGUCGCCGUCUCCUCCGACUUUUAUACAGCCUUUAUCGCCAUCACAAAUCCGGUCUUCGCGUAUGCGGGUCACUUUAUGUUCUUCAUCCUCAUGUCAGAGAUGCGCCGCCCGCAGGAUGCCAUGAAGGCGGCAUACACCCUUCAAGGCUUCGCGACGACAUUUUACGCCGUGUUCGCUGUCGUAUGCUAUGUCUAUCUCGGAAGCGAAGUCGCUUCGCCGUCCUUUAGCAGUUUGGAACCGAAGUGGGCGAAGGCGGCGUAUGGGAUUGCGAUACCCAACUUCCUCCUCGCCGGGUCGCUAUACGCACAUACAGCGGCGAAGUUGCUCUUCGUGCGCAUAUUUCGCAAGAGUCAUCACCUCCAUAGCCACACUGUGGUGGGAUGGGGCACGUGGGCGGUGCUGAUCGUGUUGAUGAAUGCUGCGGCUUUCGUUCUCGCCGUCGGUGUGCCGAUCUUCAACUACCUCAUUGGCAUUGCGGCGAGUCUAUUCGCUGCGUGGUAUACGUAUGGUAUCGCAGGCGCAUUCUGGCUGCAUGACAACUAUCAUGACUAUGAUGGGUUGAAGCAGUGGGCGCGAAAGUGGUUCCAGACUCUGGUGGCGGUGAUGACCUUUGCUGCCGGGGCAUUCAUCUGCGUUGCUGGGACAUACGUCACGGUGAAGGGCAUCGCGAAGGCGUAUGAGUCUGGUGCUGUAGGCGAGCCUUUCAGUUGCUAG